GGCAUCUGCUCCGUUAGUACUUAACAGUACUAUGUAAUGUUCGUGAAGCUCAGGGAAAGGCGACGAUCAUCAGAUAAUAGCGAAUUUAGUGGUGGUCUAACGAUGGAAGAAGCCGGCGCCAGAUGUUGGAGGAUGGAGUCGGCGCCAAUUUCCGAGCUUCCACGACGGACACCAAGAAAAGGGCUCUGUGGACUCCGUCGUUCAAGGGUUCCAGCAAGUUUAACAUCCGCCGUGCUCUGAUUGACUGAUUCAUCUUUGCUCUGAAUGACCCGCUGAAUGGUGACCCUAUUUUCAUAGUGUCCGCGGACGGAGUGUGGUGCAUGGCUCGUCCCGCAUUUCUUGAUUCAGUUCAAAGAUCACAAGCCACACAAACGAUUGCGUCUAUGUCAGUUGGCGACUCCUGGACUCAAUCGAGUGAUGGAGAUACGGAUGGUCAGCUUAUUACUCCGAAUUCAUGUCGCGAACUCUCACAUGUUCCUCUCGAUGUGCCUUGAGAAUUGACUUUUACCCGAUAUGGGAGCAGUACCCAGGAAACUCAAGUGACAGCUCCCAGCCGCUCGAAUGCGCCCGUAAGGUCAGACAAGCGAAACCACCUCCAAGUCCGGAAUGCAUGCCGUCAGCCGUAACAGACCAGGGCCCCUAUCCUCCGAUUCCAGAGUCGAUGAAGGCAGCUUGAGCUAGGAAAUACUACCCCCUUGAGAGUUAAUAAUGAGGCAAACGAGUCCUAUUC